AUGUGUCUCUUACUAUGUCAUUUCAUGUCGGUCUUCGCUUGCUCUGUGGUUUAUACUGAGGAAGUGCUUGACGGUCACAGUCAUUUUCUCAGACACUGUUGAACGAAGUGUGUGCUGCUGCAGAAUCUCUGAGAUGGAACGAAGCACGGGAGAGGUCUCCACAAUGCAGACAAACCUUAAAGACCACUACAUGAAUAUUACUACAGCUAGACAGGCCUUGAGGGACAGCUACCAAAACCUGCUAAGUGUUGCAGACUACUGCGAGACAAACUACGUGGAGGCUUCUGACAAACAAAAAGCUCUGCAAGACACAAUGUCGCUAGUCACCCAAACGCUUGCAAGUGUGGCUUCCCAGGUGGUGAUAGCAUCACGUAAUGUGCUUUGCAUGUUGGAAGAGCAGGGCAAUAUUCUUGUUCAAGAAGAAAUUAAACUCCACUUCAUGUCUCAGCUCCUAGAUAUCCACUCCGAAAAAGUUUCUCGUCAUAAAAUUGGCCCUUUGACUACCAGAAAGAGAUUCCCACAUGCCGAAAAAAUUCUAAGUGAGGAGAAGCCAGGACGACCAACUACGUAUACCAGGAAUCCACUUAAUUUUAAAAGCCUGGAUAAUAUUGGUCACGGAGUUAUGGAUUUGGAUUCACAAUUUUCGAAAACUGGUACCAUGUCUCGUAAGGCUAGCACAAAAUUGCUGACACAGUCUCAAGGCUCCUUGGGGAGAAGUUCUCGAGCAAAAGAUGUUCUUCCACCCCUGAUCCCAGAGGGUAAAUUUCCAUCUCCAUCAACACCUCCAAUUCUGAAUGCAUCGUCUCCUCUGUCUCCGGUAUCACCUCAUCUUUACAACUCGGUCGAUGACUUCCCUCUACCCCCACCCCUAUCUCUGCCAGGAAUAUCAGGGCCAGAGUUCCCUGCCCCAUUGGAGCUGAAUGACUUCCCUCCUCCCAUGACUUAUGAUAUGAAUGGCUUGUGGCUUCCUGGUCCCAUAGAAGAAGAAACGCCGUCAUCUCUUCAGGAGUACAGUGAUUCCCUCCCUCCACCUCCUGAUUGUGAAAUAAGGAAUGGUUUGUGGCCAUCAGCAAAUGUACCUGAUCUUCAAGCGUCAUAUCUGGAUUACCUUCCUCCUCCCCCAGAUUUCUGAAACACUGCACAUUAUACCAGAGUAUUUACCAGCAGAGACAAUCAUUUUUGUUUCUUUGUCCACCCCGGAGCCCUUCAAAGCAAAGCAGAAGGUUUUUAGGCAGAUACGCCUCUUGCUGACCCAGGAUAUUUCUCUUUAUCAUCCAUCAAGUCGUAUUGCUUUGUCACAUAAUAAUCUAAAUAUCUCUGAUCUUGAAAAGUCUACAUUUUGUGCUCUGGUGCUCUGACCUGGAACUGCUUUAACCCUUGCAGGUUAUUCAAUAAACUCAGAAUUUUCAUAAACUACAUCCGAUUGGCAAAACUGAGGCCCAAAUAGUCAAGUUCCAGAAUUUCAACAGUUUGUCUAUAUUUGCUUAAGUGUUGUCAUUCAGAACAAAUUUGUGAAAAUUGAGAGUUUA